AUAUAUAUAUAUAUUCCUUAUUUGAAUUAGUCUCCACUGAAUUCGUUAGCAGCUCAAUGGCAGCCUAAUCAUAUUAAUGAUCGGUCGCCAUUAAAAUUAAAGGAUAUACUUUAUUGUGUCCAUCAUCCUCCGGUAACAGUUGAUGGAAAUUAACUUUGGGAGCUGAUAUAUAUCUCUCGUACGACGUUAGAACACCCACCCAACGAUAAAACACAUGCACACAAAUUAACACAGAAAGCAAAAUAAGAAGAGCCGCUCAAAGAAGGGAGAGAGAAGAAUGGCUACUACUGUGGUAGAGAGCAAAGAAUGGUACAUGGCAGCCUAUGCACCAGAAGGAGUUCUGACCUCCGAUCAUCUCAAACUCCGGUCUGUGACUCUCUCCGUUGCCGGAGAUUCCAUACCAGAUGGUCAUGCCGUUAUCGAGACCCUAUUUAUCUCCGUAGAUCCCUACCAACGAACCAGAAUGACCGGCAUGCAAGACGGGCUUUACUUCUCCCAGUUCAACCUUGACGAGGUAAUCACUGCAUCUUCAAUUGGAAGAGUAAUUAGGUCGAAGGACAAUAAUUACAAAGAGGGUGACAUUGUCCUUAAUCCUUUCUCUCCGAUUGCCGACUAUUGUGUCGUACCGUCCAAGUCGUUAAUACGAAAGAUUGAUCCAACAUCUGGGGUUCCACUGCCAGAUUAUCUCAGUUCUCUGGGGGUACCGGGAUUUGCCGCAUGGGUGGGGAUAGAAAUGUUGGGAGAGCCAAAGGCAGGGUCGAAUGUGUUUGUUUCAGCUGCGGCUGGAGCGGUCGGAAUGUAUGCCGGACAAUUGGCUAAGCUCAAAGGUUGCAGGGUUGUUGGCAGCACCGGGUCAGAUGAGAAGGUAAAAAUCAUAAAGGAUGAUUUUGGAUAUGACGAUGCAUUCAACUACAAGAAGGAAACUGAUUUAGAUGCUACUUUAAGAAAGUACUUCCCUGAUGGCAUCGAUAUAUAUUUUGACAAUGUUGGUGGCGAAAUGCUUGAGGCUGUGCUCAACCACGUUAACAAGCAUGCACGGAUCCCAAUAUGCGGCAUGAUAUCUCAAUAUAAGAAGAAAUGGACAGACAGACAUGGGGUAAGAAAUCUCCUGAAUAUGGUAGGUAAAGAGAUAAGGAUGGAAGGGUUUUUGGUGGGUUCAUAUUUGGAUCGUUUUGGGGAUUUUGCAAAGGAAAUGGAGAGCUACAUAAAAGAGGGCAAGAUUAGUUCUAAGUACACAAUCUACCAUGGAAUAGAGAGCUACUUGGAGAGCUUAGGCUCCCUCUUCACAAGCUCUAAUAUUGGGAAAGUUGUGAUUGAAUUCAAAUGAUAAUUUGAACAUUAUCAACUCUAUUUUCCUCUGGCUUAAAUAAUUAAAUGGUGAGAUUAAAAUUUCUGUCAUUGGGUUUCUGUGCCAUGGUGAGAUCUUUAAUUAUGGAAUAAUUUUUUUCAUCAGUCACUUUUUACUACCCCACAUCCUGUGAAAAAAAAAAAAAAAAAAGUCAGGUGUGAGAUGUUAGGGUGAAUAGUGACUGAUGUAUAGCAAAUCCUUAAUUAUGAGCUCUCCAUAUUGUAAUUGGAAUAAUUCUGUGAUUGCAGCCUUCUUUUUUAUCUAA